CUUUUCGGGGGCGGGACCCGCCGGUCAGGUGCAGCCGCCGCGCGGGCGCCGCAGGGAGGACUGCACAUCCAUGAAGGAGGGCCUCCUCCCCAGCCCGCGAGGCUGCCCUGUGCUGGCUGUGUCCCCAGCGUCCUGUUGGGGAAAGUGCAGGGGAGCUGGCCCUGGAGGGAGCGCGACCUUUCAGCAGAGUUUGGACGCCAUGUGUGUCCAGCGCAGGGACAGUCCACGAUCGAGCUGAAAGGGAGGCCUGGAAAGGCCGUGCGGCCCGGUCCUGGGGUCGGGAGAGCCCAGCAGGAAGUGAGUGGCAGGCCUGAGGCAGCUUGGGAGGCGGCCGGGACUGUUCCUGUCUCUGCCGGCACUGGCUGAGGACCUCGCCCAGGGACUCGCCCGCAGUCCUUCCUUCCCUGGGCGUCUGGGCGAAGGGGCACGAUGAACAACUCCCUGAUCCUGGAGCUGUGGCCGUCCAAGGCGGUGUCCGUGCGUGAGCGGCUGGGCAUCGGGGACCAGCCCAACGACUCGUACUGCUACAACACGGCCAAAAACAGCACCGUGCUCCAGGGGGUCACCUUCGGGGGCGUCCCCACCGUCCUGCUCAUAGACGUCAGUUGCUUCCUGUGUUUGAUCUUGGUGUUUUCCAUCAUAAGAAGGAGAUUCUGGGAUUAUGGCCGUAUCGCCCUGGUGUCAGAAGCAGACAGCGACUCCAGGUUCCAGAGACUGUCAUCGUCAUCCUCUUUUGGGCAACAAGAUUUUGAAAGCGAGCUGGGAUGCUGUCCCUGGCUGACUGCCAUCUUCCGUCUGCACGAUGACCAGAUUCUGGAGCGGUGUGGGGAGGACGCCAUCCACUACCUGUCCUUCCAGAGACACGUCAUCUUCCUGCUGGUGGUCGUCAGCUGCUUGUCCCUGUGCGUCAUCCUGCCCGUCAACCUCUCGGGUGAUUUGCUGGACAAAGACCCUUACAGCUUUGGGAGGACGACCAUCGCAAACCUGCAGACGGACGAUGACCUCCUUUGGCUGCACACCGUCUUUGCCGUCGUCUAUCUCCUCCUCACCGUGGGCUUCAUGAGACACCACACCCGGUCCAUCCAGUACCAGGAGGAGAACUCGGUGAGGCGGACCUUGUUCAUCACGGGACUCCCCCGAGACAGCAAGAAGGAGACGGUGGAGUCCCACUUCCGGGACGCGUAUCCCACGUGUGAAGUGGUGGACGUACAGUUGUGCUACGACGUGGCCAGGCUGAUUCACCUGUGCAGGGAGAGGAAGAAGACAGAAAAGAGCCUGACCUAUUACACGAACCUGCGGGCGAAGACAGGCCAGUGGACCCUCAUCAACCCCAGGCCCUGCGGCCAGUUCUGCUGUUGCAAAGUGCCGGGGUGCGAGUGGGAGGAUGCCGUCUCCUACUACGCGCGCAUGAGGGACAGGCUGCUGGAGAGGAUCGCGGACGAGGAGCGCCGGGUGCAGGAGCGGCCCCUGGGCAUGGCCUUCGUCACCUUCCGGGAGAAGUCCAUGGCCACCUACAUCCUCAAAGACUUCAACGCCUGCAAGUGUCAGAGCCUCCGGUGCAAAGGCGAGCCCCAGCCGUCCUCCUGCAGCGCGGAGCUCCGUAUCUCCAAGUGGACGGUCUCCUUUGCCACGUACCCCGAGGACAUCUGCUGGAAGAACCUCUCCGUCCAGGGCUUCCGCUGGUGGCUCCAGUGGCUGGGCAUCAACUUCACUCUAUUCGUGGGGCUCUUCUUCCUGACCACCCCCGCCAUCAUCCUGUCCACCAUUGACAAGUUCAAUGUCACCAAACCCAUCCGUGAGCUCAACGACCCGGUCAUCAGUCAGUUUUUCCCGACCCUCCUCCUGUGGUCCUUCUCAGCCCUGCUCCCCACCAUCGUCUACUACUCCACGCUGCUGGAGUCUCACUGGACCAAGUCAGGAGAAAACGAGAUCAUGAUGUCCAAGGUCUAUAUAUUCUUGAUCUUCAUGGUGCUGAUCCUGCCGUCCCUCGGCCUCACCAGUCUGGAUUUUUUCUUCCGCUGGCUCUUUGACAAAACUUCCUCCGAAGCCUCUAUCAGGUUGGAGUGCGUCUUCCUGCCCGACCAGGGCGCCUUCUUUGUGAACUACGUCAUCGCCUCGGCCUUCAUUGGCAACGGCAUGGAGCUGCUGCGGCUGCCGGGCCUGGUCCUCUACACCUGCCGCAUGGUCGUGGCCAAGACGGCCGCCGACCGCAGGAACAUCAAGCAGAACCAGGCCUUCCAGUACGAGUUCGGAGCCAUGUACGCGUGGAUGCUGUGCGUCUUCACCGUCAUCAUGGCCUACAGCAUCACCUGCCCCAUCAUCGCGCCCUUCGGCCUCACCUACAUCCUGCUCAAGCACCUGGUGGACCGUCACAACCUGUACUUCGCCUACCUCCCGGCCAAGCUGGAGAAAAGGAUCCACUUAGCGGCCGUCAACCAGGCCUUGGCCGCCCCCAUCUUGUGCCUCUUCUGGCUCUAUUUCUUCUCCUUCCUGCGCCUGGGUCUGAAGGCCCCCCUCACCCUGUUCACCUUCCUGGCCGUCCUGCUCACCAUCCUGGUCUGCCUGGCCUACACCUGCUUCGGAUGCUUCAAGCACCUCAGCCCUCUGAACUACAGGACGGAAGAAUCGGCCAGCGACAAAGGGAGCGAGGCCGAGGCCCACAGGCCACCGCCGUUCACGCCCUACGUGCCCCGGAUUCUGAGCGGCUUGUCCUCGGAGAGAACGGCCCUGUCCCCACAGCAUCAGCAGACUUAUGGCGCCGUCUGUGACAUCAGUGGGACCGUCCUGGGGCAGUGUCCCGCCCAGGGCCUUGCGGACAGCGACAGUGACAGCAGGCCGGCUGCCUACCAGGAGGCCUGAGGGCGGCCGGGCCAGGCUCCGAGGACGUAGAGGAGGAGACCCAGGUGGAAAAGUGGCUUGACUCGGGCCCCAACCAGGCCCAGGACUACUUUGACCUGUGUGAAGCACACCUGCUCUGGGAAGACGGACCCAGAAAGGUUCCCCGGGCCCUUGGUCGAGGAAGACAGGGCGGGGCCGCCACGCAGGGAACGGCGGCCUUUCUGGUCACAGCAGCGGGGAGGGGGGCCGGUGCGUGCGGGGGACUCUGUGCGUCUCCGGGUCCCCCUUCUGCAUAAAUGUCCCGGCUCUGUAGCUGGGACACAUCCCUGGUGACUCCGCAGGACCACAUGUGGGAACGGUGCCCCAGCAGCCCCUGCGGCUGUCCCAGGUACCCGGGAGGACACAGCGGAGGACUGCUCCUCUGUGAGGACGGACUGCCCACCACUUCUGGGCACACACCCAGCUGAUAACCAAAGAGCCUGCGCGCAGCUCCGGGCGGGUUCCUUCCAGACCCCCCCAUCCCCGCAUCCAGCCGUCUCCCACCCAUGGGGGCUGCACCGCGGGAGCAGGGAGGGGCCAGGCUCCUUGUUUCUGUAUCACAAGGGCAGGAGGACCACGAAUAAAGCGCUCAUUCGGCCAGACUGGUGA